AUGUCUGAUGAUGCAGAGCAACAGGCGGAGGAGAUUGAAGUUCUGAAAUCAAUUUAUGAAGGUGAUGAAAAUUUCAAGCAAGUUGAUUCAAAAACAUACCAAUAUAAGUACAUAGAUGAUAUUUUCUACAAUCAAAGUCUGUUACCAUCAGUUAAGGAAAAUAUACUUUCAAUAGUUAAUGCAGAGGCCGACCAGUGGGUUGGAUGUGCGAUGACCUAUACUAUAUUUGAAGGAUUGAAAGAGAAAGUUAAAGAAAUUCUAGAAGCACAAACAGAAGAAGCAGUUGUAGCAAGAGUUUGA